AUGGUGCAUGGCAUGGUCAUGCUUGUUUUCAUUUACAGCACAUGCCUGUUGCUGGUACAGAGAGUCGAGGCUGCCGAUCCCGAUCCUCUGGUCGACUUUUCAGCAAACGCAACUACACCUGUCUUCCGCAACAUCUUUGCCAAUGGAGAUGUAUCUAUUGGAUCUGGAGGCGUUCGAGCAGCUCUCGACAUCGGAAAGUUCCCAGGCCUUACGUCUGAGGGUCUGACCGUUGUUCAGUUCAAAAUGGUACCGUGUGGAGAGAACGUACCACACACCCACCCCCGUGCUACAGAGCUCCUUUCCUUGAUCAGUGGUGGUCCACUUCAGGCUGGUUUCGUCGACACCAAAGGUUAUGAUAUUUGCAACUUGAUGCAAAUCAUCAUUGGAUUUGCUUAUGUCUUAGAUGGAUAUGUGAAUCCCUUCCCUGAUAUUUUACUUCUUGACCAUUUGACUGCAGGACAAGCUCAGAUCCACAUUCUGUACCCGGGAGAUCUCAUCGUCUUCCCUCGCGGUUUGUUACAUUUUGAGUUGAAUGUUGGUACAGAAACAGCUUUCUACCUUUCGGCUCUGAAUAGCCAAAAUCCAGGCACUUUAGAUGCUGCUGGAGCGGUUUUGCAAUUACCUGAGCGUGCAGCUGCUAUAGCUUUCAAUCAAGAUAUUGCAACAGUUGGAGCCCUGAAGUCGCAGAGACCUUACAACGAGCCGCCGACUCUGGAGGCUGCCAAGCCUGGAGUGUGUGUUCCUGGCCAGUUGAUUUCCACCACUGUCUGA